AUGAGUGAGAAAGCACGCUUAGCACUACCAACUAUUACUCUAGUUAUUAUUCACCUUUGUAAAUCGAUUUUGGGUUUUCCGGUGCUCGUCUCAAAAAUCAAGUAUGCACAAUUUCAGGUUCUUGGCGUUAAUCACGCGACGUUCUUCCCAAAAAGUCUCACGCAAAAGAAAGUAAAGGAAUAUAGCAUUAGGAUGAAUUCACCAUCAAGUGAUGGAUUUUGGGCAACACUAGAACUUCUUGUUGAUGGUCUGAAAGAAGUAACAAGCGUUGAUUUAUUGAAUGAUGAUAUUGAGGACUGGUUGGAUACAAUAACUACCAAAGUUAAAUUACGACAUGAGCGAGAAAAAAAAAUGAAAGAAGUUGAAUCUCAUGGAUCAGAAUCUGACAUGUGGUCUUCAAAUCAUGUAACUUUGAUUGAUUGCAGCUUCAGCAGUCCACCUGUGAGGUCACGGCUUGAAAUGUUAAUGGGUAGUAACAUCGUGCGAUUAACUGAUCGGAAGUACAUGUUACGUUUAAUGGCGAGACUACGACAAGAUUAUGAAACCCGUCAACAGUGUCGGAUUGAAGAGAGAAAGAAGAAUGAAUUGAUGCGAACGAAGACGAUGAUAUUAAAUCGUUUAAUUUCCGUACACGAAGCUCCAGCAGAAAUCCGUCAAUAUCCACUUUUUCAGCUGUAUCUCUACUGUGAUGCUAUCGUCGAGCAAAAGAGGAAAAAGCAUACAUCCAAGCAGAAAAAAAUGAAAAAAUCCUUGUACAAUAUGCUCUAUCCUGAUCAAAAAAAAGAGAAAUCAAACAAUGAAGAGAAGGAAAUUUAUAUGAAAAGAAUUUAUGUUGAUGGAGUUCCUGAACUGAUCCCUAUGACUGAAGAAGAAGCAGUCGCAGCUAAAAAAGAAUUGGAAAUUUCUAAGGACGUUGAAGAUGGCUACAUGUUGACACAAAAGGAAUAUGAUCGAAUUCAUUACGAAACAGAAGCUAUCAAGGAUCUCCGAGGAACACAGAAGGUGGAGGAGAUGUACGCGAAAGCUCAUGAUAUUCUAGGAAUUCUUUACUCAUAUGUGGAUGAGGGUCGAUACAAAAAACAGAAUAAACUGUCAAAAAUUGCGGAUCCAUCGACAGAAAAUAGAACGGAAGGCAAAGAAAAACAUUCCAACGAAAUCCUCCAACAACAAGGAAAUAGUGAAGAUAACGCCAACGAAAAAUCUUAAAUAAAUAAGGGACACAUGUUGGGGAGAUAGAUGGAUGUAUUAUCGUUCUUUUGUUCACGAAAUUUCGUAAGUCCAACGAUCUGAAAAGGUCAAGUGUCAACGAGAUUUCAAAGUGUUCUCAAAAAGGAUUACUUAAAAGUGAUAGUGGCAGUGGGAGAAAAAUACAAGUAAAUACGUCACGUAAAAAUUGACAAGUAAUUGCACAGAUGCAAAUAAAGUCUAAUAAAUAUAAAUCGUUCAAUUGGUAUUCAAGUUUCAACGAGGAAAUUCAUUUCGUCUCACACUGAUUGCUACAGUGAUAUGUGUUUUUUAUCUUUGUUAAACUGGGAUGCAGAUGCAUUCUAUUCUACGAAAAAAGUCGUGGAAUCAACGUUGUAAAUUAAUUAUACCACUGUCGUAAUUGUUCCGUAUGGUUAAUGAGUACAGUUACCACAUUGCUGCCGUGAAAAUCUGUAGGUGGAACUGCAUAAUAGACAUAAAUUAUAUUUUAAUAAAUAUACAUACGAGUUCAGAUAAUACCUACAAUAAUGUGUACAAUAAUUUUUCAAUGAAAAUAAUUAAAUUCAUGUAGUAACAUAUUUUUCAAAAUAAAUUCAA